CGCUCGGUGCCAGCCUCCUCUGUGCGCAUGCGCCGCGCGCCCUCUCGUUCUCCUCAGCCUCUGUUCUGAACAGUCGGCAGUCCGUGGCUCGGGCCGUCAGUCGCUUUUGUCCGCUGUCACCAUGCUGGCCGCCGCUCUCCGCCGCUGCUCUGCCUCGGUGCGCGUCCUGCUGCCGAAGCCGGGGGCUACCGUCCCCUCCUCCCUGUCGUCCUCCUCUCCUGCCGCCGCCGCUAUCCAGUCAGCUCGCUGCUAUUCCCAUGGGUCUCAUGAGACAGAUGAGGAAUUUGAUGCUCGCUGGGUGACAUACUUCAGCAAACCAGAUCUUGAUGCCUGGGAAUUACGAAAAGGAAUGAAUACAUUGGUUGGCUACGACCUGGUUCCAGAACCCAAAAUCAUUGAUGCUGCUUUGAGGGCAUGCAGGCGACUAGAUGAUUUUGCUAGUGCAGUUCGCAUUCUAGAAGUUGUAAAGGACAAAGCAGGACCUCAUAAGGAAAUCUACCCCUAUAUUAUCCAGGAACUUAGACCAACUUUAGAUGAAUUGGGAAUCUCUACUCCAGAAGAAUUGGGCCUGGACAAAGCAUAAACUCUCAUCGAUGGGCUUCCUAAGGAUUUAUUGGUAAUGCUACUUGAUUAUACACAUUUACCUGGAGAUGCUGAUGAUAAAAUAUUAUUUGAACAUGUUUUUCUUUAUUGAGUCCCAGUCUGUAUAAUAUUUACUUGGACCUUAAUGAAAGAGAAACAGUUUGAACUUAA